AUGGCCACACAAGAAAUAGUUGGUAAUGUUCUUCGAAGAAUUGACAAAGGGGCGAACAAUGGCCAAGACAUCGCGCCGCCCGGCUGCCGGCUGGGGGCGGACAGCGUGGGCGGCGGCGCGGGGGCGGCAGGCAGUGUGGGGCGAGGGGGAGGAGGUUAUUAUUAUUUUGGGCCUGUUGACGGCGGCCGCUCUAAUAUGUCGCCGGCGCUGUCAGAGACACAGGAGGCGGCGCGCAGCUGCCCGCGUCACAGAACUGCUGCCAGCCGACCAACCACUCCCCCUCCACCCGCACCCCACCUGCCCGUCGCCUUCUCUCCCUCUGCGUGCUCGCUCUCAGCCUUCGAGACCCGCACAGCUGCUAUUCGCAGCUGCUCGGUGGCGUUCUUCGAGUUCAGUGGUGAGCAGCAACCGACCGCGAGCCGAUUCUCAGAGAUGUCGGGUGAAGGGGUCGUACCGCGCGAGCGCCCUGUAGCAGGACGCCGAGCAGAAUGUUGCUUGGCGACGGACACCGCUGAAGAGAACCAGCUGGAGUGUUCUGACGGCGCGUGGCCGCGGUGUUUCCCGCCCUCACAGCCGCCCUCCACCCCCGCUCCCGCCACUCCGCUCGCCGCCCCCGCCGCUACCCCCGCCCCUCCGCUCCCCCACACGUCGACGCCGAGGUCCGGCCGCCGUGCCCGGUCCCUCAGAGGCGGCGGUGGCGGCAGGCGUCGCGACGUCCGGCAGCAAUGGCCGCCGGCGCCGGCGCCGCUAUCGAUUGCCGGCCCUUCCUGCCGCCGCCUCGCAGCGUCCCCGGCGCAGCGCACCCUCCGCCACCUGCCGCACCUCUGCCCCUCACGCCGUCCGCCUCACCAAAGCCUCGGCCACGUCCGAAAACUUCCCCAGACUGUAGCAGUGUUUUGA